AUGGACCUACCUAGCCCCAGAAGUCAUUAUAGAUCAAGGGCCGAACCAUACACCCGAAAAAAUUAUACUAUUGUUGAAUCAUUUGCAUGUACGGUACGGAUUGGUCUCUGCUGCAAGAUCAUAUGGGCUUUUAGGAAUGGAAGUUUUUAUCUGGUUUUACAGACGGCUGUGGUGUUGGUUGGAGAUGAAGAGGUGCAUCUAGUGGCAAUGCCGAGUAAGAAGAAGAAGUUUCCGUGUUUUUGGUGCUGUUCAGUGCCGUCCGGUUUGUACACGGCGUGUUUGGGGAUGUUGAAUUUGCGGUGUUUGGCGAUUGUGUUCGACCUUGAUGAGACUUUGAUUGUCGCGAACACGAUGAAGUCGUUUGAGGAUAGGAUUGAUGCUUUACAGGGUUGGAUUGCCCGUGAAAAUGAUCCAAUUAGGGUGUCGGGGAUGUCGGCUGAGCUGAAACGGUAUGUGGAGGAUCGGGCAUUGUUGAAGCAGUAUACGGAGAAUGAUUGUGUCAAGGAUAGUGGAAAGUUAUAUAUGACUCAGCAUGAGGAGGUUGCACCGUCUUCCAGCGGACAUGAGAAGGUUGUUCGGCCGGUUAUAAGGUUGCUAGAGAAGAAUAUAGUGCUUACUCGCAUUAAUCCGGAGAUCCGUGACACUAGUGUGCUCGUUAGGUUACGUCCUGCUUGGGAGGAUCUGAGAAGUUAUUUAAUUGCGAAAGGGCGUAAAAGGUUUGAAGUCUAUGUCUGUACUAUGGCUGAAAGGGAUUAUGCAUUAGAGAUGUGGAGGCUGCUUGACCCAGAGGCACACUUAAUUAGCUCAAACAACCUAUUGGACCGUGUUGUAUGCGUCAAAUCAGGGGCUAGGAAGUCUUUGCUUAAUGUGUUCCAAGUUGGCAACUGCCAUCCAAAGAUGGCAAUGGUAAUUGAUGAUCGCUUGAAAGUUUGGGAAGAGAAGGAUCAACCUCGAGUUCAUGUAGUCCCUGCAUUUACUCCGUAUUAUGCUCCUCAGGCAGAGACCGCAAACGCUGUCCCAGUCCUAUGUGUAGCGAGAAACGUUGCAUGCAAUGUUAGAGGCGGCUUUUUCAAAGAGUUUGAUGAGAAUCUAUUACGAAGAAUUUUCGAACUAUUCUAUGAAGACGAAGUCACAAAUUUACCUUCUGCACCAGAUGUCAGCAACUACUUGAUGUCAGAGGAUGCUAGUUUUGUACCAAAUGGCAAUCCAAAUACUCCUUUUGCUGAGGGAAUGAAUGGUCCUGAAGUUGCUCAGAGAUUGAAUCAAUUGGAUGACAAGAAUGUCACAGAUGCUACCACUCAUCCCAGCACUAGUCCUGAGCUAAGAUCUGACAUCUUUCAGCUCCCGGUGUCAUCCAUACCAAAUGUAUUUGGUCCAGCAUCCUUAAGAGCAGUCCUACCUUCAGAGAAACCUAGCUUGCUAGGAGCUCCAUUUAGACGAGAUAGCAGUUUCUCUGAAUCUGAUCCUGAUGUGAAGAGGAGAUUACUCUUGAUGAACCAUGGUCAAGAUGCACGAUAUCGGGGAUCAGGGGAACCUCCUAUUUUAUCUAGAUUACCUGCACAACCACCAGCACCACCUAUACAAGCACAAGGAGGCUGGUUAGUGGAAGAAGAUAUCAAUAGAGGACAUUUUGAUAACCGAGCAUCAGGAUUUGGUCCGGAAUCUGAUGCAUUAAGAACUGAUAAAGCACGAGCUCGUCAUAAUUCAAUUAGUUAUGGACCAUCAGCUUCUACUCCUGUAGGGUUAGCAUCACAAGUAGCCCAAGCGAAGACCGAAGAGGCAGGUCCAGGGCAUGAAAUGCAGAAACAGAAUCUUCCGGUGGCGAGUCAGUUCUCAGAGGCUGGUGUGUCUCAGAAUCAUGCGUCCUCCAACAGCAAGGAACUUCCCACUGAAGGUGGAAAAGUGAACUUGCUUCCAUCUUCUCUGUCUAUUGGAGUGCUGCAUGAAAUUGGACGCAAAUGCAGCUCAAAGGUUGAAUUCAAGUCUAUUGUAAGCAGCACGAGUGAGGAUUUGCAGUUUUCUUUUGAGGUUUUGUUUACUGGUGAGAAAAUUGGUGUUGGAAUGGGUAAAACAAGGAAGGAUGCUCAGCAACAGGCUGCUGAGAAUGCCCUCCGCAGCUUGGCUGAUAAAUAUAUAUCGUAUAUUGGACCUCAUUCUGGAGUUGUGGAUAAAGAUUUUGAUAGGCUUUCUCUGGGAAAUGAAAAUGGAUUUCUCUGGGAAACUGUCAGUCCCGGAUCAGAUGAACUUCUAGCAGAAGAUGGGUUACCCAACGAGAACGCUUCUGAGGGUGCUGAAGUGGCACUUGGGAGUACUUCCUCCGACGUAAUGAUUCAGCAAGUGCAAAAGCGUGCCAACUCUCCCAGGUUAUCACCAUCCAAUCCAUCUAAAAGAUCGAAAGAAGAAUUGCUGCGUGGUUCGCAAGGUAUACCAUUCUCGCGACAUCCAAAGAAUGGGCAUACAAUAGCAGGGAAGCAGCAUUAGGAAUAAAAAUGCGAAUUUAACCAAGGUUUUGAGCAGCUGGAGUUUUGUAUGAUUAUUGUUUUCUUUUUCCCUCUCAAACCUGAGUCUCCGGCUGAGGUGAAUAGAUCUUUUCUUUACCCAGGUUCUCUCUUUGGAAGGUGGGCUAUUUUUUCUUGAUGCCCUAUUUUCUCUCUUUAUUUUGUGGCUGUCGUGGGUUCAGUGCCCUCUCAACUUGUAUGUUUUCGUAAGUUUGUUCAUUUUAGCAAUCACAGUGUAGGCGACAAACAGUUCAUUUUCGACAUGUCUGUUCCUGAAUUGGUUUGUUGCACGUCCUUUUUAGAUUAGAUGAGGCUUCUGGAGGGUACUGCCAACAGUGCUUAAAUAGGUAUCAGAUACUGGUGGCUUUGUAAUUGAAAUUUAGGCUUAAUUGCAAAUUGUACCAUGAAAGAUCUCUCGAAUCUUAAUUUAUA